UUACCCUCUUCCCGCCACUUCUCCGGCGUCUUCCCCCCUUUCCCCGCCGCCCGCGCACCCACGCGUCUCUCUCCCUCUCUCUCCGCCGCCGCCGCCGCCGCAGCCAGCCAGCCAUCCAGCCAUGUCGGGUUGGGACGAGGGCGCCGUCUUCUACAGCGACCAGGCGCAGUUCCCGCGCGGCGGCCCCGGCGGCGACCCCUCCGCCGACCUCACCCGCCACUCCGCCCUCCGCAAGUUCAAGGAGUUCCUCCGCGGCUUCACCGGCCCAACCGGCGACUUCCCCUACCGCGAGAGCCUGGUGCACAACCGCGACCAUGUCACCGUCGCCAUCGAGGACCUCGACGCCUUCGACGCCGAGCUGUCCGACAAGAUCCGGAAGUCUCCCGCUGAUUACCUACCGCUGUUUGAGACGGCUGCGUCCGAGGUCCUCGCGAGCCUUCGGUCCAAGGUCGCUGGAGAGACCGGCGAGAUGGAGGAGCCCGCCACCGGCGACGUGCAGAUCUUCUUGUCCUCAAAGGAGAACUGCCUGUCCAUGAGGUCUAUUGGGGCGGAUUACAUGUCCAAGCUGGUGAAGAUUGCCGGGAUCACAAUCGCCGCGUCGAGGGUGAAAGCUAAGGCCACUCAUGUCACGCUGCUCUGCAAGAACUGCAGAAGUGUGAAAACGGUGCCGUGUAGGCCUGGCCUUGGUGGGGCUAUUGUCCCACGAUCGUGCGACCAUGUUCCUCAGCCUGGAGAAGAGCCUUGCCCCUUGGACCCCUGGAUUGCAGUUCCAGAUAAGAGCAAGUAUGUGGAUCUCCAGACCCUCAAAUUGCAGGAAAAUCCUGAGGAUGUUCCAACUGGUGAGCUCCCGAGGAAUAUGCUGCUGUCCGUAGACAGGCAUCUUGUUCAGACCAUUGUUCCUGGAACUAGAUUAACUGUAAUUGGUAUCUACAGUGUCUACCAAGCAUCUGCAAACCAAAAGGGUGCUGUUGGAGUCAAACAGCCUUACAUUAGAGUUGUGGGGUUGGAGCAGUCCCGAGAUGCCAACUCGAAUGGUCCCUCAAAUUUUACACUUGAUGAGGAAAUGGAAUUCAAAGAAUUUGCACAGAGGCCAGAUGCAUAUGUCAAGAUUUGCUCAAUGAUUGGCCCUUCAAUUUAUGGCCAUUCUGAUGUCAAGAAAGCUAUUGCAUGCUUGCUGUUUGGUGGCUCAAAGAAGAGGCUACCGGAUGGUGUCCGUUUGAGAGGGGACAUUCAUGUCUUGCUGCUGGGUGAUCCAUCAACAGCAAAAUCACAGUUCCUCAAGUUUGUGGAGAAGACAGCGCCGAUUGCUGUCUAUACAUCUGGGAAAGGUUCAUCAGCAGCUGGUCUCACAGCGUCAGUAAUUCGGGACGGUAGCUCUCGAGAGUUUUAUUUGGAAGGAGGGGCCAUGGUUUUGGCUGAUGGUGGAGUUGUUUGUAUUGAUGAGUUUGACAAAAUGAGGCCUGAGGACCGAGUUGCAAUUCACGAAGCAAUGGAACAGCAGACCAUCUCGAUUGCCAAAGCUGGCAUUACAACAGUACUCAAUUCAAGGACCUCGGUACUAGCAGCUGCCAAUCCAAUUGCAGGGCGCUACGAUGAUCUUAAGACUGCACAAGAUAACAUUGAUCUGCAGACAACCAUCCUUUCUAGAUUUGAUCUAAUCUUUAUUGUUAAAGAUGUCAGAAUGUAUGAUCAAGACAAGCGAAUUGCAAGCCACAUCAUUAAGGUGCAUGCCAGUGGUGCUGCUGCUUCAUCCAAGAAUACAGAUGCUAGUGAAGGAGAGAAUUGGCUAAAAAGGUACAUUGAGUAUUGCCGUGUUACUUGUAAACCACGACUCUCAGAAAAGGCAGCAGAGAUGCUUCAGAACAAAUAUGUGGAGAUUAGACAGAAAAUGAGACAACAAGCUCAUGAAACAGGGAGGGCUGCAGCUAUACCCAUCACUGUGCGGCAGCUUGAAGCCAUUAUACGUUUGAGUGAAUCUCUUGCAAAGAUGAGAUUGACAAGUGUGGCUACACCAGAGCAUGUUGAAGAGGCAUUUAGGCUGUUCAAUGUCUCCACUGUUGAUGCCGCAAGAUCUGGAAUCAAUGAGCAUUUGAACCUAUCACCAGAUAUUGCAAAUGAGAUCAAGCAAGCUGAGGCACAAAUAAAGAGAAGGAUGGGAAUUGGAAGCCACAUAUCCGAGCGACGCCUGAUCGAUGAACUAAAUAGGAUGGGGAUGAAUGAAUCCAUUGUGCGAAGAGCCCUUCUGAUCAUGCACCAAAGGGAUGAAGUGGAGUACAAGAGAGAGCGCCAUGUCAUUGUCCGGAAGGCUUGAGGUGAACUGUGGAGUAUUUAUAAAUCGAGGACAACUUCUAUUCAGACUGUAUAAGGCUAUGAGUUCACUGAAACUGUAAUCUCUGGGAGAAGACAAGGACAUGUUUGAGUUUCGGUUGAUCACUGACAUGACCAUUGUAAUCUGCAAGAGUAGAAGAAAUGCACUCCGUCCUUGAUGAAACUGUAGUUAAACUACAGUAUUAAAGAUGUAACUGUAGUGAAACCAUGUAACCAGGGUUCUGAAAUGGCUAAUGUAUUAAACUACAGUAUUAAUUCAUGGAUAUAAAUGGCUAAUAUUCUGCAGUGCCCAGACAAGAA